AUGGAGAUAUUCCAUUCUUCCAUGCGAAAACGUCUGUACAGCUUGCCGCAAAACAUUGGACAAAAAGCCUUUAUGACUGACGAAGGAGAUAACGGUGACAAGGACACCAACAAGAAAAGUAUUGGAUUGAAGCAUUUACCCUCACCGUCCCCCGCAAGCAGUUGCAAAAGCAUUGGUCACACCAAGAACGUAGACUUGGAAACUGAUGUUACCGUGAAGACUAACUUGAACGGGGACUGUCGCCUGUUUAGAGGCAGUCUUUCCUCCAUCACCGGCCGACAUACGGUGGGAUCGGAUCCAACUGAGCAACGGCGCCUUAUCCCCGAGGCAGAUGCUAGUGUCAACGAGGAGAGUUUCCUGGGCGAACAUGGCCCAGGGGGGGAACACGGAGCACUGGGUAGCCGUGGUGGUGCGGCGUCUCUUUUUGACCAGUCGAGUUUCAUCAAGUUAGAAGGAACCGAUCAAAUUAUGCCAGACGACGACAGGUUGUAUCAAGCGGGCUUCAUGCACCGUCAGUUUGGGGCGAUGCUUCAACCGGGAGUCAACAAGUUCUCUUUGCGAAUGUUAGGGAGUGAGAGGGCCGUGGAGCAUGAGCGAGAGCGCGUGAAAUCCGCAGGAUUCUGGAUAAUUCACCCAUACAGUGAUUUUAGGUUCUACUGGGAUCUGAUCAUGUUGCUGUUGAUGGUGGGGAACCUGAUCAUCAUCCCCGUUGGCAUCACCUUCUUCAAGGACGAACACACGCCUCCCUGGAUCGUCUUCAACGUGGUCUCCGACACUUUCUUCCUCAUGGAUCUGGUCCUGAACUUCCGCACGGGCAUCGUCAAGGAGGACAACACGGAGAUCAUCCUGGAUCCGCAGAAGAUCAAGAUCAAGUAUCUAAAGAGCUGGUUCGUGGUGGACUUCAUCUCCUCCAUUCCCGUCGACUACAUCUUCCUCAUCGUGGAGACCCGCAUAGAUUCAGACUUCUACAAGACGGCAAGGGCGCUGAGGAUCGUGCGCUUCACCAAGAUCCUCAGUUUGCUUCGCUUGCUGCGUCUCUCCAGACUAAUCCGCUACAUCCACCAGUGGGAGGAGAUUUUUCAUAUGACCUAUGACCUGGCUAGCGCCAUGGUGCGCAUUGUCAACCUGAUUGCCAUGAUGCUGCUGCUGUGUCACUGGGAUGGUUGUCUGCAGUUCCUGGUACCCAUGCUGCAGGACUUUCCAUCAGACUGCUGGGUAACCAGGAACAAGAUGGUGAAUGACACCUGGGGACAGCAGUACUCCUACGCUCUCUUUAAGGCCAUGAGCCACAUGCUGUGUAUUGGGUAUGGCCUGUACCCUCCUAUUGGCAUGGCUGAUGUGUGGCUGACGAUCCUCAGCAUGAUCGUUGGGGCCACCUGCUUCGCCAUGUUUGUAGGACAUGCCACAGCUCUGAUCCAAUCCCUGGACUCGUCCCGACGACAGUACCAGGAGAAAUACAAGCAGGUGGAACAGUACAUGUCUUUCCACAAGCUUCCAGCCGGCAUGCGGCAGAGGAUCCAUGACUACUAUGAACAUCGUUACCAGGGCAAGAUGUUUGACGAGGAGAGCAUCUUAGAUGAGCUGAACGAACCGCUCCGAGAGGAGAUCAUCAAUUUCAACUGUCGAAAGCUGGUGGCAUCCAUGCCUCUGUUUGCCAAUGCCGACCCCAACUUUGUGACCUCCAUGCUGACCAAACUGCGUUUCGAGGUCUUCCAACCUGGGGAUUAUAUUAUCCGUGAAGGCACCAUCGGCCAGAAGAUGUACUUCAUUCAGCACGGGGUGGUGAGCGUGCUGACCAAGAGUAUCAAGGACACAAAGUUGUCAGAUGGGUCCUAUUUUGGGGAAAUUUGUUUGCUGACUCGAGGCAGAAGGACAGCGAGCGUGAGAGCUGACAACUACUGUCGUCUCUACUCGCUGUCUGUGGACAACUUCAACGAGGUGCUCGAGGAAUUUCCCAUGAUGAGACGAGCCUUCGAGACCGUUGCUCUUGAUCGUCUGGACCGAAUAGGGAAAAGAAACUCGGUCCUGCGACACAAAGUCCAACACCACCUGAGCGCAGGAACCCUUAACCUCCAAGAAAACGAGAUCAUCCAGAGGAUCGUGCAGCACGACAGAGACAUGGCCCACGGCACCCAGCUGAUCCAGACGGCAGCCACUCAUACCCUAGCGGCUCUCCCCACGCCACCCUCACCCACCCCAGUCAUCUGGGCUCCCCUGGUCCAGGCACCCCUCCAGGCUGCUGCCACCACCACCCCUCUGGCUCUGGCUUUGAGCCACCAUGCUCAGCUCCCUCCCAUCCUCUUCCACCACCCCCUCUCCCUGUCUGGCUCCUUCAAGGACUCUUCGGGCCACAUGAGGAGAGUCCAUGUGGGGGCUCCUACGACCAGCUGCUGUGGCUCGGGGCCUGGUUCCCCUGCUAGCUCCAGCAAGUUCCACUCCGGGGUGGACACUCCUCUUCUGGCCUCCCUCAGGGUACAGCAUCUCUCCACAGCUUGCACCUCGCCUACCUCCACCUUCCUACCGACCUCCAACAGCAGCAUGCACACCCAGCUCCAGACCCAAAUCCAGGCCCAGCUUCAGAGCCACAUCCAGACCCAUACCAAGCUUAGUUCAGCUUCCUCCUUCCCCAUGAGACAGGCCUCCCUAAGGAGGUCACCCUCCAUUUGCACAGCUCAACUCCACCCUCAGCCCUUCUCCUGUGCCUCAUCCACCCCAGCCCAUCCGGCCGGGCAUCCCCUGCAGGGGUCAGCAGGGAGGCUGUCAGGGAGAUUCCCAGCCCCCUCUGCUUCCGGCAUAAGCCCACUGAUCUCCAGCUCAGUCAGCCCCAUACUAAGCCAGCUGCAGUCCUCUCACGCCAGCAGCACUCAGCAGAUGGAAUCCAGUUAUGAGAGAGCAGGCCGGACAUUCGCUGGUCUGAACAUCCCUCACUUUCCGUUCACCAGCGGCACCCAAUUCCCCGGCGGAUAUCUGCACGAGCAGCCAGUCGUUGGAGCCGAGGUCCCGUCCUCCCUCAUGCAGCGAAGUCUGCCGAGCCCGCAGUCAGUCCUGCUCCCGCAUGUUCUUCCGGAACAUUCCGCGCUAGCGUCUCUGGCUCAGUACGGCUCUAGGGACGCCUCGCCCUGUUACACACCCACAUCCCACAGUCCCAUCGUUCAGAGCCCUGUGCGAGCCCGGACUGGGCCUCACAGUGACCCCCCUAGUGCUGUCGGCUCGCAUCUCUCUCUCACCCCCCAGAGCUCCUACCCUGACAGGGUCAUUGAUCCCCCUAGAGAGAGAGCAGAGUCCUUACUGGAGCUCUUCACCCAGGAAGUCAGGACUAUCUCCUCCUCGCACAGCCUCCUGCCCCAGGGAGAGCCUCUGGGCAUGGGCUACUCCUCAGGGGGAUCAGGUGGGUUCUUUACCUCCCCGAUGGCCGUCAGUAGACCCUACAGUCCCAUCCCCGGGCACGUGGAGCCCCUGAGCCAGACGCUUUCAGGGACUGGACCUCACCCUCAGUUCUCUGAAGCUCCACCCUCCCAGCCCGGUCGCAGAGGAACCCCUGCCAAGACGGUAGAGAUGGAGCACGGCCUCUCCAAACUCCCAUCUAGCUUGUGA